AUGGAGGUGGGAGCCGGCGCUGAGGCGGAGCCGCUGUUGCCCCCGCGGAGCUGGCGAGCGGGACGGGGGCUCUGGCGGGCCGGUGGCGCUGAUAAUGACCUUUAUAUAAACCAAGCCAUAGUAUUUAUUGAAGAUGCAAUACAGUAUCGAUCUAUAAAUCACCGUGUGGACUCCAAAUCGCUGUGGCUUUAUCGAUGGUACUACUCAAGAACUUGCCAGUGGAUUUUGAGUUUAACUAUUACUGUAAUCCUGGCUUUGGCUUUCAUUGAAAAGCCUUCUUCACUUACUGUCACGUCAGAUGUACGAUACCGCCUUCCUGCAUGGAAUCCUCCAUGUGGCCUAACAGAAAGCAUUGAGCUGCUUUGCUUUCUUGUGUUCAUGGUUGAUGUAUCUGUGAAGAGUUACUUAAUUGGAUGGGAAGAAUUUUGGAAAAAUAAAUGGCUAAUGGCUUAUAUACUGACAUUAAUUGUUUCCCUUGCUGAUUGGAUUGUAUCGCUGAGUUUUUUCUGCACAGAGGAUGUGAGAAUAAGACGACUUCUUCGUCCUUUCUUUCUCCUUCAGAAUUCUUCUAUGAUGAAGAAAACAUUAAAAAGUAUCAACAGCACGUUGCCUGAAAUGGCAAGUGUUGUUUUACUACUAGCUGUUCAUCUGUCUCUCUUUACCAUGUUUGCCAUGCUGCUGUUUGCUCGAACAAAGGAUGGCCAGCAGGAUAAGGAGUGGAUGGGGUAUUUCCGGAAUUUGCCGGAUUCACUGACAUCACUGCUGGUCCUGCUAACUACUGCAAAUAAUCCUGAUGUGAUGAUUCCUGCAUAUUCUAAGAAUCGAGCAUAUUCCAUCUUCUUCAUACUCUUCACUGUACUAGGCAACUUGUUUCUGAUGAACUUGCUUACAGCAAUAAUAUACAACCAGUUUCGAGGAUACCUUCUGAAAUCAGUUCAGUCCUCCCUCUUCAGGAGGCGACUGGGAAUCCGGGCUGCGUUUGAAGUGCUUUCUUCCAUGAAAGAGACUCCUGCUAAUGCACAACAGUCGCAUGCCAGCGUUGGGGCCUUACUACAAGUGCUGCAGAAAGUUGAAAUGGAUUUUCGCUGCAAGCAAGCCAUCAUGAGAUCACUCAAAAUGUGCUCCUGUGACCAGCUGUCAGCUGCCCAGUUUCAGAAGCUCUUUGAAGAACUAGACAAAGACGCCAUUAAGCAACAUCCUCCCAGUCCAGAGUACCAAUCCCAUUUUAUGCAGAAAAUGCAGUUUGCCUUUGGCCAUCCCUACUUUGGCUACUUGGGGAAUGUUGUAGCCCUUGCAAACAUUGUUUCUAUCUGUGUGGUUUUGGUGUUGGAUGCAGAUAAGCAGCCAUCUGAAAGAGAUGACUUCUUCCUGGGGGCUAUCAACUGCUUCUUCAUCCUAUACUAUCUGCUGGAAAUGCUGCUGAAAAUCUUAGCAAUGGGCUUGAAAAGAUACUUGUCAUAUCCAAGCAAUAGAUUUGAUGGACUUCUGACUGUAAUUUUGCUGGUUUUGGAGAUUGCCACUUUUUCUGUGUACGGAUUUCCUCAUCCUGGUUGGAGACCCGAGUUCAUGGGCUUAUUAUCCCUGUGGGAUAUGGUGCGAUUGGUGAACAUGUUAAUUGUGUUCAGGUUCCUGCGGAUUAUUCCUAAUAUGAAGUUCAUGGCUUUGGUUGUUACUACAUUGCUGGAUCUGGUAAAAAACUUGAGAGCCUUUGCAGGAAUCCUUGUGGUGGUUUUCUAUGCAUUUGCUAUAACUGGCAUAAUGCUAUUUAAAGGUGCUGUUGUUCCCUUGGGAAAUAUCAGUGCUGUCAAUACAACAUAUGAUAAUGGCACUCUGCAGUGUGGGACCUACGAACAGCUGGAAUAUUGGCCGAACAACUUCGAUGACUUUGCUGCAGCAGUGGUGACCCUCUGGGAUGUGAUGGUGGUGAACAACUGGCAAGUCUUUUUGGAAGCAUUUUCAAGAUAUUCAAGUCCGUGGGCAAAGAUCUAUUUUGUAGCCUGGUGGUUGAUCUCCUCUGUCAUCUGGGUUAAUCUCUUCGUAGCUUUACUUCUAGAGAACUUUAUUCACAAGUGGGACCGUCGCUGUCAUCGAGAGCCUCUCUCAGAUAUUGAAUACCAGAGGACAGUUGAACUAAUGUUCAGAGAUGUUUUGGAAGAACCUACAGAGGAAGAGCUGAUGGAAAAACUGCACCAGCAUCCACACCUGCAGUUAUGUAGGUGACUGGUGGGAAGGACUGAUUUAUUUAGACCUCUGUUUUCUUGAGGUUGUCAGCUGGAAGAAACUGAAUGGAUUUUGUGUGAGGUGCUGUUAGGAAAGAGGCUUGUAUGUGAGGUUUUGCUUGGCAAUUCUCUGCAGAAAGAGGUUUUUUAUUUUUGGUUCAUGUCUUUUUUUGAAAAAGAUUUGAAUCUUGCUAAUUUGACUUGAUUUUAAGUUGCAAUUUUAGAGGAACAUUGCAGCUGUUUUUAUAAACUGUCGAUAUCGGAAUGUUUUAUUUUGUUUGGUUGUUUUUUUUUUUUAAGAUGGGAAAGUGUGUUUAAAAUGACAGUGCACUUUAAAACAUGAACUUUGUAACCACUAAGCCUCCUACUUUUUUCAGCACAAGAAAAUGGAACUGCCUUUUCUGGUAGGUGAGUGUGGCAAGGGCUGUGCCCUGCAAUUCAUGAAUGGAUUAGGCAGGACCAGAACAAAAUCCUUAAUCUUUUUGUAGUGAGAGUUGAAACACUAUUUUUAUUGAAAUGUGACACCAGCAUAUCUUACCAAAUUUUCAGGAGUUAAUCAUGUUGGAACACAAUCAAUUUCAACUUAGUAACAGGGACUGCCUACUUCACACGUCCUCUCUUUUUCUUUGUUUUUGAUCUAGGGUUCAUGCUGGUUGCAUCAUACUGGUAACUUUGAGAGCAGUUAUAACUUUGAAUGGAGCAAUUGAACUUGUGGUUUUCAAUGUGGUAAAAUUGAGCUUUCUUUUAGAGGAAAUAUUCUCAUGUUGCUUUUUAGUGAACCUCUUCCUUUUACUUUCUUCCAAGUCCUGUUCUACACAGUAUCCUAUUCUGUGAAAAAGCUGAGGGGAAUGAACUUUGGCCGGAAUGUAGCACCGUGAUCACUGCGAGUCUCCCACUUAAAGUGGGGGAGAAAAAAAGUUGAAUGGGAUAAUCAAAGUGCUUAGCAGUUCAAAUUUUCAUGUGAGUCUGUGGGAAUUGAAAGUGCUCAACCAGUAUUGCAAGACUGUGUUCUUUUAUGGCUUAAGGAGCACAUGCUGUACACCACUAACUUUCACCUGGGUAAUACUUUUUGGGUAAGUAACUUUGUCAACGAAUCUAAAGCGGAGAAUUAACAGUAAGCCAUGUCCGCAUGUUUUUCAUUAUCCCUUAGUAUUCCUCUAAAAAAGGUGUUUUGUUUGAAUCUUUGUCACAUAACUCGUAAAUCACUAUGAAGAAUAGAAUCAAUCCCAACUACUAUUUUUAUAUGUAAAAAUGAAACUACCCUUUGGGGUGCUGCCUUGUCAUUGAGACGCUUGUCACCAAAAUAGACAUUAUUGUGAUCAUCUCUGCAUUGACAAAGGCUUGGGGAGGGUAAUCGGCCAUAAAACACUGCUACUAUUUAUAAGUUAUUUGAUCCUUUUUUAGGUAACAAAACAUUUUUCAAAAGUGCCAAGCAGUCAUCCUGUAUACUUUUCCUCCUCUUUUUUUAUCAUUCAUGUUUUCUUUUUUCCCUGCAUAAGGGAGAGGAAAAUAUCUGGGAUGAUGGUGCAUUUGAGCUCAAAAGCAUAUUUCUGCUUUGUUGUCUCACUGUUCAGAAGUUGCGUAGUGAUUCUUGUCUGUUUCUUUGUCUUCUGCUUAUAUUUUCCUUGUGCUGUGGAACAAAAUGUGUGUUGUAGCUUGCAUAUGUGUAGAACAAAUCUGAACUGAGCUCUGAGCUACUCCUGCAAUCUUUCUUUACUUUUGUAAUCUUGCCUCUUAACCCAUGCUCUUGUCUGUAUUCAGGCUCUUCUCUCUGUUCCAGAGUAAUCCACCCAGUAACUCACUUGCUCAGGUUUCAGUGGCAUUACCAUGCUUAUUUUCAGUUAUGCACUUAGAACACACAUCAUGGCAAAUAGAUAAAGGCAUCAGCAUACAGUUUUUCUAGAUUUGAGUUUGGUUUUUUCCAGUAUGGCUUUACGUCAGGAUGGUUUCUGCUCCUUCUAGCAUGAUGUAAUCACUGCCACCAAUUUAUUUACACUUAUUAACAGAGGCUAAAUUGUCUAUUUUACCUUUUUACUGAAAAAAAAAAAAAUUUUUUUUUUCCACUUUUCUGAAUACUUGAAGUAGCUUUGCCUUGCCAAAAAGGAAGUGGCCAGUUCUUAUCAGUCUGCAAGUUUAAUUUUUUUUUUGGUCUCUUAAGGUUGGUUGUUUUUUGGUUUUUGGUGGGUUUUUUUUUUUGCUGUUACAUUCCACUACAGUCUACCAAAGCAACACAAAUUGGUGUGGGAUUAUUGUAAGCAUCACAAAUGUCUCCAUUAUGCAAUCUUUGCAUCUGGACAAAUGUGAAGAAGGCUUUCUGAAGGGAAUAGUCUUAGUCUUGUUCUUGUUUCACAUUUGUGUAAUUGACUGAAAGUGUAACAAGAAUUUAAUACAAAAUUGUGGUACCUAAUGUCACUCAUACUGGAAGAUGUAAAUGACCACAAGUCUUAUGCAAUAAUUGUAUAAAUCAUGAAAAUGAAUGUAUGUAACUGGGUAAAAAUUGACGUUUGCAUUAUUAAAAAAGAGUUUCUUCUUAAAAUAUGAAAAUAA